AUGGAUUUCGGACCAAAAGGACAAGUUAACGACGCCUAUGGAAAUCUUAUGAUCUGCACCUACAAAGUCAGGACAGCCUCCACAAACGCCGAUCUUCACGCCCUACUCAAAACUGCAGGCAGCAUCAACUACCUCGUAAUCGCCUUGAAGGAAACAAAGUCCAGGAAGACGGAAGUGAGACAGCUGAGUGAUGGCACACGCAUCAUUCAUGGUGAGAAAGUUCCAACACGGAAGGAGACGUUGAAUUUGUCGUCCUCUGCAUCAGAAAACCAUCACUAUACAUCAUUAUCAUCAAGUGCUAUUCUCCAACAUCAAAAGCUGAUGACUCGGAGCUAUAUGCUUUUUAUGACGAUUUGGAGGAAGUCAUCCGCAAAGAAAACUCCUAUAGGUUUGUCGUGA